GACGGCGAGUCAGAGUGUUUGAAGAAGAUAUCAACUUCCGCGAGGCAGCGACUGGACUACUGAUAAUCAGCGAGGAAACAACAUCAACAACGAAGACGACGUAGAGCCCCACUCGUCAUACUCCAAGAGUCCAAGAGGAUGUUGACAUAGAAGAUAGGAACAGCCGACGCCGCCAGCCGAAGAUAGCCCCGCAGUAGGGAAGAGGCGACAGCUGCAGACGGCAGCGCGAGGGACGACCAACCGGAGCUACACGUAGAAGAGCUGAGGGCCAUGGGUACCCUCACGAAAUUUAUUAUAAUAAGUCAACUCAUUUUUACCCUGUUGCUGAACCCUGAACAUGUGAGUGGAGUGUCAUCAAGACUAGACAUUCAAAUCACUAAAAUUGAAGAAACUUCGGGACUGUACUACGAACAUAACGGCAAUGGACGAUUGUAUAAUACUGAAUGGAGAUUAAUCUCCUAUUUAAAUUUAAGUCAGCCUGAAAAUAAUUAUAAUACGAUAAGACGAUAUGUAAGUGUUGUAAAAGAAUUAUGUAAUAAGGAAAUUCCGGUGUAUAAGGGUAAAACUCUAUGUUCUAAUACUAUAACAAAAUUAUCAAACAGGUUAGACGCCACUGCGCGCACCAUAGAAAUUAUAGGAGGUAUAACCAAAGACCAUGUUAGUCCUAGAGUAAAAAGAAGUUUCUUUCCAUUUAACCUAAUAGGGCAAUUGAGUAAAGUGAUUUUUGGUACGCUAGACGAAGAAGAUGCAGAAUUUUAUAAUAAUAAAAUUACGAAACUUGAGAGCGAACAAUUAGACUUUCUUAAGCUGAGUAAGGAACAAAUUUUUAUUGUAAAAUCGACCUUGCAAACCAUGAACCGAACUGUUAAAGACUUAAAUGAGAAUCAGCAAAUGUUAGCUGACCAACUAGUAAAACUUACAGAUGAGAUAAACCGCAUAAACUCGAAUGUAACCGACGCUUUAUCUCAUCAUAACCUGCGAAUACGAGUAAACGAGCAUUUGACUCUAUUAAAUCAAGGAAUUGAAACCCUUUCAUUUCAAUGUGAAUCUAUUUUGAAUUCCAUAAUAAAUGCAUUUAAAGGGAUUUUAAACCCCCAUAUUAUAACACCACAAAAAAUCGUUGAAUAUUUCAAUGCAUUUCAAUCUACUCAUUCUCGAGAAUUUAAUCUACCAUUACCAGAAGGAACAAUCAAAGAUAGUUCCCUUCUUAACCUGAUGGAGCUGGAAGUGUUUAGCAAAAGGAACAUUUUAUGUUAUGUAAUUAGACUACCAGUAACUGAUCAUUUAAUUUUUGAUAUAUAUAGAAUCAUUCCAUUGCCUGUAAAAAUGAAAACUGCCACAAACAAAUAUGUUUUCAUAGAUCCGGAAACGGAUUAUAUUAUGAUGGAACACUCAAAACAGUACUACGCAAAAGUAAGCAAGUAUGAAUUGAGUAAGUGUAAAGUAAUAACUAAAACUCUUAGAGUGUGUAGACAAACCUUUCCAUUGAUCAAUACUUAUGCACGGGAAGAUUGUGCAGCCAAAUUAUUGUAUACUACAGGUCCUAUACCUAGCAAUUGUGUUAAGAAAAUAGUAGAGCUAAAGCAGACCCUUUGGAUUCAGCUAGAGCACAAUGAAUGGUUAUAUAUUGCGCCAGAUAAAGAAAAAAAUACUAUAGUUUGCGAUCAAACUGGACCUUUUGACGCAACAGUGGAAAACACUGGCAAACUUAAGUUUAUAAGUGCAUGUAAAGGUUACGGUACCAACAUCUUUAUAUCCUCCCAACUGGAGUUAACUACUAACACUAGCACAAAAUAUGUUAUUCCCAAAAUAAAUCUUGACAUAGAUUGUUGUGAUGAAACAAACUAUAAAAUAACACUUGAGAAAUUAAAAACAAAGUUACAUUUGAAACCUACAAUAACUCGGUUAGACGAUUUGAAGAUCGCCGGUCACAAAAUAGAGGAAGUAGAGCAUAUGAUAAAUGAAGAGGAAUGGAAAAUAAAACACACAAACGUGAUUUCACGAGUAUCUGUAAUGUCCUAUAUCAUUAUCAUAUCAUUAAGUUGUAUUUUAUGUAUAUAUUGUUGUAUAAAAUGUGGAUGUUGUAAAACUAUUGUCGGUAAUUGCUACAAGAGGUGUAAGGACGGUGAUUGCUGUAAUUGUAAAACCAUAUGUUUUAAACCAACAAUUGUAAACACAUACAGACCUAGGGAAAGCAAUGAGCUGGUCCAUUCCGUUAACGAAAGCCAGAUAGAGGAAAGGAUCGAAUUGAGAGGAAACAGUUUACGGAGAACUCAGACUAGCCAUUGAUGGCUAAUUCCCAUUUCAAACUAAGAGAGGUGUAAAGAAACAAUUGUAUUUUCUUUAAUUGUUUCUUUUUUCCCCGCAAGGGAGGUGUCGUAAGUACAUAGUUAUUUUAGUUAUUUUGGGUUAGUAUUAGAAAUAUAAAAAUACUAUAACUAUAAUUCUGGUAUUAAAUUGUAUUAUAAGCAUAAGGUGAAUAAUGAGUAAUGUUUCAAUAGAGUGUUUCAUGUCUUGUGUAUCGAACGAUGAGUAUGCCUGUCGAAGGUUUACAAGCCUUCUAUGUCAGUUGGCUAACCAAAUGUUAGUUAUGUGUGGUGGUUCAAACAGACUGUUUACUGCAGAGGAAACUAUGCAUCACAAGGUUAAACAAUGACUGAAUCCUUGGACUGAACAUGAAACGAGUGUGUAAAUGAAAACGACGAAUCACGAGAAAGGGUGGGGAGAGAGUGCGCUCUGCCCCGGCAGAAGGAAGCGGACGGAAAGAGAGUGUGUCGGGAGACUCCCGAGGAGGAGGUCCUAGGAUGGGGACUGAGAGCUUUGUCAGAAGGAACAGACUUGUAGAAUCUUAAGUUUGUACUUGUAAUUUCUAUGUAUCAAGAAGUGGAUGUAAAAGCUUUGUAGAGUUUAAUACUUGUAACGAGCCAAGAAUGAAGAAUAAUAAUAAGAGUUGUCCUGUCUGCAGUUUUAAGUUAUUGCUUUUAAUCGCUCCGCUGCCCCACAUAGCCUCACCUAUAAGGAACCAGCCGCUCGGUCACGACAAAACACAUUUCAUGAUUUAACAAUAAAAUAACAGAAAACCCCGAGACAUAUAUGUUUUAUUCAUCGAACCUUCAUGCAAUAAUAAGGUUUUUUGAGUUCGUUUUAUAUGUAUCCUACAAAAUAAAGGCAGACAUGCAUAAGGGCCGCGUGUCGAUGGCAGAAGACAAGAAGAAGAUAGCAGAUUCGAAACUAAAAAUCCAGAAAGAUUUUACAGACAAACUGGGAUAUCUCGUGGACGUGCCUAAGCUAAGCAACACAAAUGUUGGCAAUACGUCUCGUCGAUUUUUCGCUGAACCUGAUAUUGCUGCCUUACUUACAGGAGUAGACCAAGAGCUCAUUUAUAGAUUAAAAAUCAUUUUAUAAAUGCUAUCCUCGGGUUCUAAAUAAAUGGAUAAAUUUUCUAAAUACGCACUUAAUACUGCUAAACACUAUGACAAUAAUUAUAAUUAGCAGCCAGUGUCACCGACAUUACAUAAAAUAUUGACACAUACGCCGAGUGUCAUACCACAUACAUUAUUGCCUAUUAGGCAACUAUCAGAAGCCGCAGAAGUCAAGAACAAGCACUUUCGACAAUACCGGCAAAAUUACUCUCGGAAAUUUUCAAGAACAGACUGUAAUCAAGAUAUUCUCAAAAGACUUUUGUUAAGUUCACACCCAUAUAUAUAACAUUCAUCCUAGGUCAAACAAAAUUAGGCAGACAUUCUCCAAAGAUGCAAUAGAAAUGUUAUUACAAAGCCAAUCCUCAGCAUCAUAUAAUUCAGAGGAAUUUGAAGUAUACAGAGAAACCCUUCAAAUCCGAACUAAUUGGGACUGUAACCUGUUCGGAUUUCAAUUUUUUUUUCGGAUUAGCCGAAAACUAUACAUAAAAUAAUAACGAUAUAGUACUGUACAUUAAGCGAGGCAGGCUGGUUUUGGCACGCGACUAGCGAGGUUAGUGACCUUGACUGGUGAGCAGGCGGCAGGAAAGUAGUUGACCGUACUGUCGUUUGGCAGGCCUGCGUUAAAAAUAAAACACUACCCUAACAGUCUUGUAGUUAGUCAGCUCACGUCUGUUCUGUGCGUGUCUACUGUCACUACUGCACUGCUUAAUUUAUGUGCUGUUCGUUUUUGUUUCUGUUCGAGUUGUGUUGUUAUUGUUGAGUUUUUAAUUUAGUGAACGAUGUUGAUUAUGUCUUGAUUUUAAAUUAUGGCAAGCAAACGAAAAAAAAAGUUAUUGUACCAUAGAACAAAAACUGAAAGCUUUAAAGCGUCUGGACGCUGGAGAAAGUUUGACAAAGUUGCCUGGCGAGUUUGGUGUUGGUAAAGCAACAAUCUGUGACUGGAGAAAAAAAAUCGUAUCAAAAUAGAACAGUUUGGCAAUGUGAUAAAACCUUAAACGAACGCCAUCACGUACAUUUUUCAUAAAUGAAAAAAAAAUGAUGAAGCAGUUAUUUUGUGGUUUUCACAAGAGCGACAGAAAAGAGUGCCUAUUAGUAGUCCACUAAUUCAAGAGAAGGCAUUACGGCUUAAAGAACUAAUGAAUGGUGAUUCGGCCUUCACUGCUAGCAGAGGAUUGUUGGAUCGAUGGAAGAAAAGGCAUGGGAUCAGACAACUGUCGAUAAGCAGAGAGAAGCUAUCAGCUGACACAGCUUCUGCAGAAUAAUACCGAAGCGAAUUUGGUGAUUUGAUUUCCUCAGAAACUACUUGCCACAGCAAAUUUACAAUCCAGACAAGACUGGGUUGAACUUGAAAGUCCUUCCCACUAAAAGUCUUGCUUCUGAAGAGGAAUCUUCUGAGCCGGGUUUUAAAAUGAACAAAGUGUCUUACAGUUUAAGUAUGCAGUAAUGCAGCGGGAUCAAACAAGCUUUCAUUGAUGGUGAUUGGUAAAUCUGCAAAACCACGAGCCAAUAUGAAUAUGAUAUCUCAUCCUGUGUAUUACAGAAAUCAAAACAAGGCAUGGAUGACUAGUUCUCUUUCUAAAGAGUGGUUUGACAAGCAAAUUGUUCCUUCAGUGAAAAAGUUUAGUGAAGGAAAUGGACUACCACCUCGAGCUCUACUUCUGAUAGACAAUGCCCCUUCUUACCCAUCAUACAUGUGGCUGAUAAAAGCAGUUUUUCUGCCUACCAAUGUGACAUCGCUGCUGCAGCCUAUGGAUUAGGGUGUUCUACAGAAUAUACAACUAAGAUACCGAAAAAUGCUCUUACAAUAUCUUAUUGAAGAAAAUGGUUCUCUUUCUAUCCUUGAGAAGCUGAAUAAAGUUACAAUAAAAUACAUUAUUUACUGGGUUGCAGAAUCGUGGCAAAAUACAGGUGUGAACUUAAUGUGGAGAUCUUAGAAGCAGCUUUGGCCUAGCCUCGAGUUCGAGAAAACACCUACCCCUACACCUGUCACACAAGACGAUAACACCGAGCUCCUUCAUCUUGUUUAGCAAGAACCACAUUGUAAGGAUGCUGGAGAAGAAGGUUGUCUAGAGGAGUGGACAAGAGUUGAUGUCAAUAAAGAAUGCAGUGAACAUGAAAUAGUGAGUCUGGUCAAAAGUCAACAUGAUGGCAAUGUAGCUAGUGACAGUGAAGAAAAAGAAACUUCGACAGUCAAUGUGACUUAUACUGAUGCUAUCUCUGCUCUUGACAUCGCCUUGUACUUCGUAGAACAACACGCAUCAGCCACGCCAAACGAUGUCAUGUUCAUGCGACGCCGGCAUGCAAUUGCCUCCGCGCGAAGGUUUUCGUCUCUUCGACAAUUGAAGAUAGCUGAUUUCAAGUGAAAGAUUAAAUUAUAUUUUGUGUGUUUCUAUUGUUAUUUCAUUGUUUUUGCAAAGUAAUUAACAUAAAGAAUUUCAAUAACCAAUUUUUAUGUAGACGCAUUUACACUUUAAGUAUGAUAACAGCACUUCUUCGUAAGUUUUCAACUAAUUAUGUAAAAAAAGGUUAAAAUGUAGAAUAUGUAAUUGUUUUAAGACUAAAUAAAUAAGUUUCUCUUUUUUGCAUGUUUUUUUUAAAUUAAAUUUGUCCCAAAAACUCGUUCGGAUUUCCCGGGAUUUCUGAUUUCAGGGGUUCGGAUUUCAGCAGUUUCAUUGUAUUAUAAAGCUAUGUUUAGAAACACUCGCAUUAAAUUAUUAAUGGCGUUGUUACUUAAAAUUAUUUGAUAUGAAAACAACCCAAUAAAAUUAUACACUUUUUAUUUUAAAAUACCUUUCACCAAACCCCUUAAAAUGUUUUGUUUAAAAAAGUGUGAAUUCCAAGCUACUUUGUUAGCAGUAGUAUAUAUUGAACGGUCCGAGGACUGGCUUUUGGCUGUGGAGCCAGAGCCGAUGUACACCAUCUUGGAUAAUGAAGUCAUGGUGGACAUCAUGGAUGACCUUGACCUUUGGCCUUGACCCUGGUGGCCACCUUGGGUCUGCCAUUUUGAUUUCACAAACAUUUUGUUUUCUAGAACUUUCUGCCAUUUUGGAUUAUGUCAUUGUUGAAAUUUUCGCUAUGUCCGCCAUCUUAAAAAUCCACAAUUUUUAUGUCAGAAAAUCGGGAAAAAUUUUUAAAUACAUAAAAAAUUAAAUUAAAAUUUUUUAUUAAUAAUUGUGCUCUCUUAAAUUAAGACAUUACCUUUCCAAUUUCGUUAUGGUAGCCAUCUUGGAUUUUAGAAACAUUGAUUGUUUUAUUAUGCCUGUCAUCUUGAAUGUGUAUGACUUCAUUAUUACAAUUUCAAUUACGGUCGCCAUCUUGGAUUCUAGAACGUCGCAAUUUUCGUUACAGACCCAACUUGAAAAUUCACAAAUAUAAUAAAAAUAGGAAAAAAUGUUAAAAUGUAUAAAAAAUUUUACUAAACAAAUUUUACUAGUAUAUUAUUUUAAAAACGCACUUUAUAAGAGCUCGGAGUCCUCGGUUCGAACCCAGCAAGGUCAUUCGAUUAAAAAUGGCAACGGAACCUCCCUGCACGGAAGCUACCAGCAGACUGACCUCCCGCCACUAACGACAAUAUCGAAAGCUAGUAUGAAAUCAUGUCCGCCAUAUUGUUUUUGUCUGCUGGAGGCCACCAUCUGGUUUUCGUCUGCUAGAGUGCACUACUACAAUGUUAGUUUAAUUUUUACCCAGUAGAGUGCAGUAAUCAUUUAUUAUUGUGGCACCCACCAUCUUGAAAUUUGGACACCAUCUUGGAAUUUACACCAAAUUUAUUUGGCUAUAAAUUAGGAAAUGAUACCAAAAAUCAUCGAAAUAAAUCACUCAAUAUUAUACUGAUUGAUUCAAUCGAUUCCUGUCCUUGGUUCGAUCCCUGGAUGAUGCAAAACAUUAUUUUACACAAAAAAUACUUAUUCAAUAAAUCAUGUUCAAAAUCCUAAAAGUGGCUUAAGUUUUUUAUAUACCAGCAGCCAGUAAGCCGAUAUGAUUACCAUCUUGGAAAUUUGUAUUUAUUAACCUAGAAAUUCAAAAAAAAAUCAAAAAUAUAAAAAACUUAUUAAAAUAAUUAUAGAUUCGAUCUAUAUUAGAUUCUUGGCCAGUGAUAAGGGUAACUAAAACUUAAAAGAAAUUUUAAAUCCUGUUUCCCAUUAUUUUUCAUGGCGUAAACCACUCCAAACAAGAUACCUAUCCGACGAAAUAAAUAUACUGUCGCAGUUCCUACCAUGUUAGUCUAAUUUUUCGAUACAUAGAAUGCCUUCCAACCAGUUCAUGUACAAUGCUAGACAUAUAGGCUAAGUGCCUUCGGACAACAAGACCAGGUCAUGAACAAUGUCCGACGUAUAGACCAGACAACUCCAAACCUUAAGACUUUCUUUGUCGAUAGUUAAUAUAACAUAGCAGUCAAGUCUUCGAACUGUCGGACCUAAAGUAUCGAUAAAAACAAUUACAAGAAAUUAGACCAACAAAACAUUUUUUAACGCUUAUUAAAAGACAAAGAAUCCCUUAAAAAUGUUUUAUUAAGACAACGAGGAUUUGAACCAGUAAAUAUUAAGAGCUACUACAGAUUUAAUAACGCACCUUUACUGAAAAGAACACACAAUACACAAGAAGGACUCACUGUACACACACAGUACACACAAUAAUCAAACCUACAGUUACUAGAACCAAAGUUACUAAAACAAUUAGUUUAAAAAAUAACAAGUAAUAAUAUUAUAUUCUUAAACUAUAGUUUUAAAAUGCAAUAAUAACGAGAAAAAAAGUAUAUCCACUGAGAGUCGAAGUCGAACUUCAAAACAUAACGUACGAAACCACUCAUUUAACCACUGAGCUAAAAAGACGCGAAAAAAUAUAACGGGAAUAUUUCGCAAUAAACGUUGUAAUCAUGGGCGUAUAUCCCGUGGGCAAGAGGACAAGGGGGGGGGGGGGGCUGGAAAUAAGCAGUCCCUCACUGAGAGGACUCGCUUGUGCUUGCAAAAUAGUGACUCUGAAAGGGGUUUAAUAACAUAAACGUCCAAACUAUGUUUUAUGUAAAAUGUUUUCUGCAUAUCGCAUGCAUAUGGGGCAGAAUAUGGGCAGAAUACAACAUACAAGCACCCAUCCAGCGAUGACUUGUGUCGGUUAAAACCCACGUGCAAAAUUCUCCACCCGCCCCCCUCCCCCUUGAGAAUCCAACAAAUUUGCGCCCUUGCCGACAAGCAUGAAUAUCUCGCAUGCAGCAGCUCCAACAUUACUUGCCAUCUCAACAGUAAUAGAGACUUCAAUGAAUACAGUUUCAUCAGCAGCAGUGAAAUCGAGGAAGCGACUACUAGCGGUGUUCCACCACCCAACUGUUCCUACUGACAGCAUCAAGAACCUAAGAUUCAUAAUUAUGUAAUACAAGAUUGUAAUAAUAACUCUAACGUGUUAAAUAUCAAUGCAACAGGUGUUGUAGUCAGUUUAUACACUACGGAAAAUUGAAAAGGCACAUUAAGAAUUGUGAAUCAAUGGUUACAUUUUCAAUAGAACCAAGAUGUAUCUUCUGUGGCAAGACGUUUGCACACAUCUUCAGAGCAAGGCAUCAUGAAAUAUAUCACUGUCAUUUUAACUAAACUGAGAAUUCUAAGCUGUGUGCUAUAUGUGAAGAUGGACUGUCAUGUAGAGCUGUCCUGAAAACACAUGCCAAAACAUGCAAAAGACUCGCUUAGUAUCCAGGAAGACUGAAUAAACCAAGAAACGCUAAAUACUUUAGUAAUUUGCUUGUUUGUACUUGUAGUAGUGAAUAAUUUAUGUAAUACGUGUGUUCUUGAACCUGAAAACUUAAUGGUAAAAUGUUAGAUGAGGCGAUAUUUAAUUAAAUAAGUAUUUCUGGCCUAUAAUUACUUUUUUCCAUUGACAAAGAAUCGAACUGAGGACACGAAUUGAUCGUAUCAAUCGCUAUAUUAAUAGGUGAUUGUUUUUAUGAUUUUUAGAAUUUUUUUACAAAUUUUUGGGUUAAUGAUUACGAAUUUAUAGGAUGGCAGACCAGAUGGCCAACAAGAUGGUGGAUAUCACAACGAUCUGGUAAUAAAUACUGCGCUCUAGCGAGUAAAAACUAAACGAAUAUGGCGGCAACACUAGCAGUCCUAGUAGCAAGUAUUGAAAACAAAUAUGGCGGCUAGGCCUCCAACAGGUGCUGCUAUUAUGUCUUCAUAUUAAAAAAAUUAAGUCAGAAUAUGUGUUAUUUUUAUAAAUAUUUUAUUUAAUUCUCAGUCUCAUAAAUCUCUAGAUGGCCAUGUGGUCAAAAGCGUAUUCCAUUCCAAAGGUCCGAGCAGACAUGGUUCGAAUCACCUAGCUUCCAAAGUAUUUUGUAUGAAAAAUUAAAUUUAAUAUAAAGAUGACGACCUCCAGCAGAAAAAAUCGAAGACUGCGACCUCCAGAACCAAAAUCCAAGUUGGCGACUUCCAGCAGACGAAAACAAUAUGGCGGACAUGUCAUAAUUUAAGAUGGCGAAAGGUUCUAGAAAACCAAAUGUCAGAGUGUUACAGAUAAUAAAAUAGCAGAAUCCAAAAUGGCGGAAUCCAAGAUGGCGGAAUCCAAGAUGGCGGAAUCCAAGAUGGCGAUCGGGGACAUAUUCAAAGGUCACGGUCAUCUAAGAUGGCCACCGAAAUUCUCAAUCAUUACCCGUGAACCCAGCCGCAGGACCGGCCAAUACAUACUACUAAUACGCUCUUAUUAUUUUAUUACAAUUAUUUACUAACAAACUAGCAUAACAUAUAUAUAUAAUUUUAUUUCGGUAUUCAAUUCGUGCAACAUAAGGUAGAGACUACAGCAAAGUUAUAUUGUAAAAUUAUUUGUCCUUUUCUUUUUAAUUCAAAAGGUUUAAAUUUUUUAUCACAUAUGUAUCUAUAUUUUAAAACCCUGAUUGAAUUAAACUUAGUUGUAUUUUUGUUUAUGCUACACAUUGUUAUGUAACACAUGUGUAUAAUUUACUUUUGCCUAAGAGAUGACAGUGUUAUGAUGUUUUUAGUUUUUGAAAUAUUUGUUUUUAAUUCAGAAAGGGUAUAUUUUAGAGAAAGGGUGGUGGAUCAGCAGAGUGUGAACCAUACGUUUUCCUCUAGGAUGUUAGGAAGUACCCAAAAUUUCAAUCGAUAACUCGAGGAAAUACUAAUGAAGGUGGUAAAUUCGCGUAUUCAAUUAUAAUAUAGGCGCAUACGAAAUACGCGAAUUUGAGUACCUAUUUCUACAUAUUUGCUAAUACGAAUACGCCAAUAUGAAUAUUUUGUUCAUGUAAUCGUAUUCUCUAGUAUGCGAAUACGAAUAUUCACACAAAAAUACAAAUACAACUGUAUUCGUAUUCACACCUGCAAAUACGAAUAUAUUCAUAUUCACGCCUGUAAAUAUGAAUAUAUUCAUAUUCACGCCAGUAAAUUCGUAUAUAUUCAUACUCGUAUUCAUAGAAAAGAAACUUUUGCGAUUACAUUCGUAUUCGUAUCUACGAGUACAAAAUUGCUCAUCUCUGCCUUCAAGUCAAAAACAAUACACCUUUGAAUGGUAUUUCCUAGAUGUUUUUGAAACACGUGUCCUUUAAACCAAAAUAUUGAAGAUUUCGUUUUCGGGGCCGACACAGCAAGUGUUUUGAGCCAUUCUUGCUUUUAUAUGUAUUGAUUCUGGUAUAGUCUGUGUAAUGUAAUUUGUCUUAAAUUUUACAAUAAUUCUCGAAAGAUGAUCUACAUAUCCUGUUGCCACUUUUGUUCCAUCAACAAAGUUUGUAAACAACUCCUCCAUGGGGUUGUAAAUGUCCGUAAACAAUUAUCAUGUAUUCCUUUGCGCGUGACAUUUUGGAAAUGUGUAAUGCUGAUGCUAAUAUCAAGGAAAGUCAAAUCUGAGACAAGUUAUGUGACACAGACUUAGGAAAAUAGAACGCAGCUUUUGCAAGGCGACGUCACAGCACCGCCAUUUUCUUGUGGGGCGAUUCAGCGGUAAAUUUUAAAUUUAAACUUUCCUUUCGUAAAAAAAAAAACUAUUUUUAAGCUAAACAAAACUGUGAUUAGUAGGGACCGGAAAAAUUCGCUGAUUAACGACCUACAGGAUGGACUUCAAGAUCCUCUAUGCACUCGGACAAAUUAGAUCUGCUCAUUGGCCACUGACUCGUGACAACUAUUAACUAGAAUGCCUUUGAUUCGAUACUUCUUUCGUUGAGGAUUAUUCAUUGGCUCAGAGUCCUUCAGACAACCUGUGGUCCAAUCACUGAAGCAGCAAAAGGUUAAACACAUUUGGAUUCUAGCCUAUCGCGAAAUGAAACCGCGAAUUUUUCCGGUCUCUAGUGAUUAGUAACUAGAAAUAAGAUCGUAAAAUAAAUUGGCCGUGUUCCCCACCGAGUGCCGUUGGUUGUCGUGUGAAAGCGAGUCCGCAGUUCUGUGCCGUAGUGUCUCUCGCCCCAGCGCUCCCAGAGCGCCAGUGCUCGCAGCAACGGUCGACAACAAUGUCUGCGACGAGGACGGCGGAGUUCAAGCGUGCAUCCGGAGACUACAAAAGCGCAUCGCUGCGAUGACUCAUUACGAAGCGUACGUUGCACAUCUGUCUGAAUUCUCCCAUGCCAUCUCGGAAGUUCGCCUCCGUUAACAUCGAGGAUUGAAUAGGACGCGUGUUCACUGGCGAAAACGGACUCUGAAAUAAGCGUGCGACCCUCGUUAGUAGCUUAUUGUCCUCGACAGGAACGUCAAUAAAUUUGAGAUAUUCACUCAGACACUCCCGCAGUUCUAUUGGGUUUUACGUGACAGACCUCCAGAAUUGUUAAGGCUUGUCCAAAUUUGCCUUGUAUGCACUUGUCCCUGGGGAUGGCAUCACGAAAUCUGUCAGAACUGGAAGUCAAAUAUGCAAUUAUGCAAGUACACGAAUCUGUGUACUUCUCGCGUAACUCCUGGUAAAGAACGUCGCAAUUUUUAUAAGCGUUCUGUAAGUUAUACUUGACUUAAAAAAAAAUACAAAAUAAUUUUCACUGAAUAAAUUUAAAAAAUAGUUUUACGACAAAAUUUCAUCAAAUACAUGUAGCCUACAUAAUGGCCAUCCCUUAUAAAAAAAAGUUCAAAACUUAAGUAGUAGAUUGCCAUUAAUUCGUGUGUUUGUAAAUGAGCAUAAAACUGUACCUAAUAUUAUUUGCUGGGAUUAAAUUUACUUACUACAAAAAUGUUAACAACUUAUUUAGCUGGCUAAUGCCAUUUAUAGAGGCCAAAAACUACAUCCGUCCUAACUGGUAUAGCACACUACAAGGACAAGCCAAGUAUGAAGGGUUACAACUACAUAGCUGUGUACUUGAACUCGGACACGGGGCCUACAUGUGAGUCAUGCCGGAGUGUUGGGAUCGAACCCACGAGCCUCGCCACACGAGCGUGACGCGACACCGAAGGCGCGAAGCGAAGAGAAGAGGUGCAAUUUAUUCCGCGGAGAUUAGUUCCAUGUGGCUGAAUGCGUGGCCGCCCACUGAAGGCGAGGCGAGGCGAGGCGCCCCGCGAAUAGUCUGGCGGACAAGUGAGCGGCGCGACGCGGCCUCCUCGGCACCUUUCGGCCACUUCCGGGGCUGUUCGACCCUUGGCUGCGACACCAAAAUACACUUAGUUUUAGUUAGGUUAGGAAAAAAAAUCAGAAAAAAUAGAUUGGACGCGAAUAAACUAUACGUAGGCACCGCGACAUAAAACGAGAAUUAAUGAAAUGCGAAGAAUAAUUCCCAAUGAAAUAACUCUAUGGAAGAGCAGCCAAUGGGAGGCGAAAGUUUCCCAGCUUCAGGUGCAAGAUGGUAACACCUGGAGUAUGACGGAAUGGCGGUUUCUCCUUAAGAUGGAUAGAAAAAACCCCCACUGAAAACUCAUGCCGGAGUUGCAUUUAAAUCGAUAGAAAGGGCACAAGCCUUAGCAGACACCCUCGAAUUAGCCUUUCAACCUAAUCUCGAACCCUGCGAUCCGCAAUUUAAUUCCGGAAUAUACGGACACGUUAUAAUUACACUUAAUCAGCCAUUAGCUUCAUAAUCUUAACUCAAUCACAGGAAGUUAAACAAGCUACCAAUCGUAUGAAAUCACGUAAAGCACUGGGAAACGAUGGCAUUCAGGCAGCAAUAUUUAAGAAACUGCAUAACGAAAUUUCAGAAUACCUAGCUGAAUUAUGAACGUAAUGUUUAAAUUUCACUAUUUUGCAUCGUAGUGGAAAGAAGCGAAUGUGAUGGUUAUUCAUAAACCAGGAAAAUACAAGACACUGCCCCAAAAUUAAAGGCCCAUUAGUUUGCUUAAUGCAGUGACAAAGUAGCAGAAUACAUCAUUCUGCAGCGACUAAAUACAUCAAAGAAAAUAAUAAACUGCCCUACGAACAAUUUGGUUUUCGCAGCGCGUAUUACACAAAGCAUCAAUUGAUCCGUAUGACAGAACAAAAACUGCGUUUGCUCGGAAUAGCUAUAAUUUCGCAGCAUUUUUGGACACAGAAAAAACCUUUCAUAGAGUAUUUCAUGCGAGCUUAAUUUAUAAAUUACAUCAGACUGGCUUCCCCGAUUGAUAUAUUAAAUUACUGUCCUCGUAUUUGAUAAUAAUAUUAGGACGGGAGUGAAAUAGGAUUGAGGGAAAGAAACUGGAUGAGAGAAGAGGAAAGGAUU